UACGUAUAUCUAUGUAACAAUCAACAAUAGCAACAAGUAGACAGCUGGGAGGAUGGAUGCUGUAAAGAUAUUCAUCCUUUUUCAUAUAAAUUAUCACGCUUUGUUGUGCUAAUAUGUAUCUAUGAUAUUUCAUAGCAUUAAUCGCAGUUAAGUGAGAAGUUUGUGCUUGUGAUACUGUUCAAAAAUGGAUGAAUCUGGUAUUGAUAUGGGAUACGAUCUCGCUUCGUUGUUGACGAACGAUUUUAAUAUUGACCAGAAGAUUUUGGACGAGAUGACUGCUUCUCAGCAUCAGGAUUUCAUGUUCUACGAGCUGAAGUCGAAGGCAGUGCCAGUCACCGAAAGCCCGCCCACGUUCAAGACGCUGACGCCCACGUCGCGCACGCAGCUCAAACAGCAGCUGAUGAGAGAGCAUGCGCAGGAGCAACUGCGCAGGGAAUCCUUACAGGCCCAGCAAGUAGGUCAGUCCAAAGACAAUGAAGACAAGAGCAAGUCGAGCCCCACGGACGUGCCGCGGAUCACGCCGCACGUCGACCUACCGCCGCAAGUGCUACAGGUGCGAACAGUUCUGGAGAAUCCCACCCGGUAUCACGUGAUCCAGAAACAAAAGAGCCAGGUGCGCCAGUACCUUAGCGAGUCAUUCACGCCGCAGCCGCCGGUGGGCGGUUCAGUGCGAGGCGCGCCCGUACAAAGCGCGCCAGAGCUCGGCAACCGAGCGCCCUCCCCUGACCGAGGCUCCUCCUCCAGCCUCCUCAGCCCGGGACUCUGUUCCGCGGGAGCCAAUUCAGAAGCAGAUGAGUUCCUCGAAGACAUCCUGUCCCUGGACAGCGGGGCUGGUCCCCUGUCUUCAUCCGAGCCUGCGUCAGCUGCCAGCUCGGUGGCUGGGGACUGCGGGCUGCUGACUGAUGCCGACAUGCACGCUCUGGCCAAAGAUCGACAGAAGAAAGAUAAUCACAAUAUGAUCGAGCGCCGACGCCGUUUCAACAUAAACGACCGGAUAAAGGAGCUCGGCACCCUCCUGCCCAAAACCAACGACCCCUUCUACGAGGUCAUCCGCGACGUGCGCCCCAACAAGGGCACCAUUCUCAAGAGCAGUGUUGAUUACAUCAAGUGUCUGCGCGACGAAGUCAACCGGCUCAAGCACUCCGAGCAGCGGCGCAAGCAGAUCGAGUUGCACAACAGAAAGCUUACCUUGAGGAUACAGGAAUUGGAGAGGCUUGCAAGACUGCACGGUCUGCCGGUGUCUGGCGCAGACGGUUGGUCGUCUCCACACCAUUCUGAUUCGGGGGUGGACACCGCCCCUUCAGAAACCUUCUCAGAACCCCCCAAAUCUCUGCCGGAGGUGGUGCUGCCGAAGUCGGAGCCCGCGCUGAUGGAGCUGGGCGAGCCGCCGCCGGACCUGCUGCGCGACACGCCGUCGGGCGAGGCGCUGUCGGCGCUGGACGCGCUCGACGGUCUCAAACUAGGCUCCUGUUCGCCGCUGAGUCGCGAAGAAGGUCUCUCCCUCGGCUGUCUGGAGCCAGACCUCUGCCUCGAACCUGUGACCGACCAUCUUUUUAACCACAAAGACAUGAAGCAAAUGAGGUUAUCACCCCCUCAUCAUCCAGGGUUGCUGGACGACAGCGAUGCUGUGCUCAACCUGGCGCAGAUCGAGGACCUCAUGGAUGAUGACUCCCACAACCCUGUCACCUCAGGGGACCCCAUGCUGUGCUCGUCGCCCACGUCGCACCUGGGGCUGAGCGCGGCGGUGGCGGAGGCGGCGGACCAGUCCUGCGCCGCCAUGCUGCACAUCGACCUCUCCUCGCACGCGCCAGGUGAGACUGCUGACACUGGGGUGUACAGGUACCCAUGCUGUGCUCGUCGCCCACGUCGCACCUGGGGUACCCAUGCUGUGCUCGUCGCCCACGUCGCACCUGGGGCUGAGCGCGGCGGUGGCGGAGGCGGCGGACCAGUACCCAUGCUGUGCUCGUCGCCCACGUCGCACCUGGGGCUGAGCGCGGCGGUGGCGGAGGCGGCGGACCAGUCCUGCGCCGCCAUGCUGCACAUCGACCUCUCCUCGCACGCGCCAGGUGAGACUGCUGACACUGGGGUACCCAUGCUGUGCUCGUCGCCCACGUCGCACCUGGGGCUGAGCGCGGCGGUGGCGGAGGCGGCGGACCAGUCCUGCGCCGCCAUGCUGCACAUCGACCUCUCCUCGCACGCGCCAGGUGAGACUGCUGACACUGGGGUACCCAUGCUGUGCUCGUCGCCCACGUCGCACCUGGGGCUGAGCGCGGCGGUGGCGGAGGCGGCGGACCAGUCCUGCGCCGCCAUGCUGCACAUCGACCUCUCCUCGCACGCGCCAGGUGAGACUGCUGACACUGGGGUACCCAUGCUGUGCUCGUCGCCCACGUCGCACCUGGGGCUGAGCGCGGCGGUGGCGGAGGCGGCGGACCAGUCCUGCGCCGCCAUGCUGCACAUCGACCUCUCCUCGCACGCGCCAGGUGUACAGGUACCCAUGCUGUGCUCGUCGCCCACGUCGCACCUGGGGCUGAGCGCGGCGGUGGCGGAGGCGGCGGACCAGUCCUGCGCCGCCAUGCUGCACAUCGACCUCUCCUCGCACGCGCCUGACUGGGGUGUACAGGUACCCAUGCUGUGCUCGUCGCCCACGUCGCACCUGGGGCUGAGCGCGGCGGUGGCGGAGGCGGCGGACCAGUCCUGCGCCGCCAUGCUGCACAUCGACCUCUCCUCGCACGCGCCAGGAUCAUCGCUAAUGUCAGAAGGUGCCAUGUCCCUAGGCCUAGGCGGUCUAGGCGGCCUAGGGGGAUUAGGGGAGAGCCUCCCCCUACUUCUAGGAGCAACGCACGCGCCGCACUCCCCGCACGCACAUCCCAGACCGUGCUUCGACAUGGAUCUAGGCGCUUAGCGAGCCACCAAGCGAGGCACCCAGUGAGUUGCAUUGCAUCCCAUUAACCUGAGACAUGGGAGUUAAGCCUUAUGUGGUUGUAAUUACACCAGCAAUGCUGUUUUGCAGCAGAAGUAACCGUGGUAAAAUAUUUAGUAGUUUACUAGUAAAUAAACAUCACAAAGGGCCGAAUAAAAUUGUUACAAUAUACACAAAGUUGCAAAGACAGAGUUUUAGAAAAAAAUCGCUUGUCUGUAAAGUCGGUUUACUGACGAUAGUUAAACGUGAUAACGUCAUGAGAAAAUACUGAUGGAAUGGUUGUAUUUUUUUAAACGAAAAUGUUCGUCUUUCUUAAAUACUGUUUAAUAAACUUCUUAGGCCAGAAUAUACUUUAUUUCUUGUAAAAAAAGUUGACAACCCUAUAGCGAGGGAACGACGCAUGACGUCAUCUUUUUGUGUACAGCCGGCUCCAUCGAAUUAUAAGACGUUGUCACGUCAAAAAUAAUACAAUAAUCUAAUGGACCCAAAAUAAAAAUUUUAUAUGAAUUUUAAAAUGUUUAAAAAGCAAUAAAGUCAAAGAUCCGACUUAGAAACGACCUUCACCCAUCUGUUUACUGUAUGAAAAAUGUUUUAUAUCUUUAAUAAGUAAAAAAUAUAUUGCUUAUUGAGUCCGUAAAUAUCUUCUGGCCUAAUUAUUAUUAUUAAAAGUAAUUAAUCAGGAUUUUUAGGCAAUGCAAAAUAAAUAGAUAAUGUGUAGGUCGGUUCCAAUUUGGAUAUAAAAAAAUCAUAAAUAUAUGCUGUCACAACAACGUGAGAUUGUAAGGAAGUGCGUUAGAACUUGCGUUCUGUAAAACGCAAAACGCAACUGUGAACGCAAUUGAUUGGACACUUUAAAGUGGGAGCCUCGAAUUAUGUAUUUUAUGAAGUGAUAUACCAGUUACCAUCGUAUGUUAAAAUAAAUAGAAAAAUCACAAUUUAGUAUAAAUUGAGAACAAUCGAAAAUGAAUUUUAUUUAUUUCUACAUUACAAUUCAUUUUCGUAUUAACCUUUCUGUUGCCAAAACCCAACUAAUCCAGUGAUUCAUUAAGUCAGGUUUACAUGAUGUUAUUAGUUAUUAUAAUUAAAAUCUGCAUUAACCUUUCAUGUGAGUUAAGUUAUUGCAAAUGUGACAUUGUUUAAAAUUUGUUAAAUGAAACACAGCAAAUAGCAGCCCACAUAUACCUACAGGGUGCUCGGGAGUAUUUUCCCAUAACUCUGGAAAGCUACUUUAUUUGUGAUUGUCACAGGGUAUAUUUUAUCCCCGUAUUCUCACGGGCACGGGAACGGGAACUGCGCGGGUGAAACCGCAGAGCGCGGCUAAUUUAGUUUUAUACAGAAUGAUCGCGAUGGGUGUUGUUGUUGUGUUUUUACCAAAUCUAUUGCAAAACUUCAUUUUGACAUGAAAAUAUUUUCAAAACGAUCUUCAAAUCAAAGAUAAAGGUUUACAUAGUUUAAAUGUAUAUUAUAUUAAGUAUUUAAUAUUUAUAUAUAUUUUACAUUUAAAUGAAUAUAGUCCAAAUAUAUUUUAUUUAAAUUUUAAUAAUAUUCAAAUAUUAUCACUAAAAAUUUAUAAACAUGGUGCUCUUAUUUGAGGCGUUUUUUUAAUUUAUACGAACUGCUUUUUACUUAAUUUAAAUGUUUCGAAGAAUAUAUAUUUAUAUUUUGAACACCUUCAGUCAGGGUUAUGCUGUAGCUAUUUACGCCAGAUGGGCGACGCAACUUUUAGCAGCUAAUCCGACAUUGUUACGUUUUAUUGAAUAGAAAAUAAAUGGACCACGAUAUUUAAAAGAAAUAUAUAACUAUUAUUAUGUUAUAAUAAAUGUGAUAAAAUAUAUUUUUAGAUGAAAUUUAUUGAUAUAAAUUAUAUACAGAUAUUUUUGUAAAUAAAUUGUUAAAUAUACCAAUGUGCCUUGUUUUUUUUUUAGGAAUUAAAUCUGUACUUUUUGUAAGUGUACAUAAAUACAUAUAAAUAUUUUGUUGAUAAAACACUGGUUAUAUUGCAAAAUCGUUAAGUUUGUUACAAAGUUAAACUUAAAUGUACAGUAAAAAUAAUAAUCUGAAACUCCACGUGCUAUUGUGUUAAAUAUUUAUAAAAUAUCGUUGAAAAUCGUGCUCAAAAUUUAUGUGAACAGGUACUUAAGUUUACCGCAAACCUUUGUACCCUUUAAUUUUUAAUAUUAAAUUUUAUACACAUUUGAAUAUACGCGUAUGGCAAUAAUAAAUAAUUGUUAUAUUAAAAAAAAUAUUUUUAUCUGAUUUUGAAGAAAAAGAAACACUUUUUAUAUUUAACAGAAUAUCGAACAAAACUUUAUAAAAUAAAAAUAAUAUUAUAUUAUUAUAAUAUUAAAUGAAUUGUGUACAGUGGGAUGUCAUGUUGCAAUAAUCGUAUUGUUUAAAUAAAUGAAUCGUUUUUUGUUAUAAUUGUAAUAAUCUAUUGGUUUUGUUGCGUCGCGAGAUUGUGAGGUGUGGAGAAUUUCGCUCGAAUUCUAAGAAUUAUUAUAUAAUAAUUAUAUACAAUUAUAUAUUUGUAUAAUAUUUAUAUAAUAAUUAUAUAAAAUCUAGUUAAUUUUUAAUAGAAUAAUAUAAAAUCGACACAUCUCAUGACCUCGCUGUUUAGUUAAACAAUAUUUUAUGUAUUUGAUUUUAGAAAUUAAGGUGAACGUUUUUUUGAUUAAAUGAUCGUCAUUUUUAGUAUUAUUUUUGUUGCUUUGUAAUGAUAAUGAUAGAGUGAAUAUUAUUUGAUGAGGCAAGUUUUCGAAAAAUUAUUUCUUUUUUUUGUUUACGUAGAAAAGAAUCGAACGAAGUGCGCGAACAGACUUGUAUGUAUGGAUGUUAUUUAAUAUUAUAAUAUGAGAUUAAAGUGAAAAUAUUGUUGAAGUACAAAAAAGUGAAUUACAAAAUUUACCAGAGUAAAA